CCGGUUCACUGUAAUAAACCAUGCAAAUGACUAUUCACAGGAAAGCUCCCUAAAAGGAGCGUUCGUUCGCUUUACUCUCCCUAUAAAAAGACACUUGUUUUCUCAUUACCACAAGACUCUUUCACCGAUCUUCUCAAAAUGAAAAAGGGUUUGAAACCCGACCCUAACCCGGUGGAGAGCAAUGGGAAAGAGUCUCGUUACCGAGGCGUGAGGAAACGUCCAUGGGGAAGAUUCGCGGCGGAGAUCCGAGACCCGGUCAAGAGAACUCGGGUCUGGCUCGGAACAUUCGACACGGCUCAGCAGGCGGCGCGUGCCUACGACGCUGCAGCUCGAGAGUUUCGCGGCGCUAAGGCCAAGACCAACUUUCCGCCGACGUUUCUUGAGCUUAACGCGAAUAAAGACGGUGGGUUCGCUCGUAGUCCUAGUCAGAGUAGUACCGUCGACUCCGCCUCUCCCACCGCGGCUCGACUAGCUACACUUCCGCAUCUCGAGCUCAGCUUAGGAGGUGGUGGCGGCGGUGCGUGGUAUCAGGUUCCCGUAGCGCGUCCUGUUUACUUCUAUAAUAGCAUGAAAGCGUUUCCACCGGCUGGUACGUGUGGAGGUGAGAAGAAACCUCAGCCGUUAAAUCUGGAUCUUACCUUAGCUCCACCGACGGCGGAAUAGGCCGUAAGGUCCUCCUAGUAUCUUUUUUCUAUCUAAGAAAAUAUAUUAUCCAUAUUCUGAGAAGAAAAAUCGAGAUAGUAGUUAAUUAAUAAACUGACAUGGGAAAGUCGUUAUGUAUAUAUUAUCAACGCAUAACAUAAGAUAUGAACUUUUGUUAUGAUC